AACUCUACAUGUCAGAACACAGAAACCAACGGUAAUGCAAGACUAGCUUGCUGAUAUUGGGCCCUACUGUCCUACAACCACUGCCUGUGACCACGAAUCAUGGCUCGGAAUCUUCUACUGACGCUGUGGGCAUGCUUGUGCUGCAUUCAGGGUUCAGUGUCUGAAGUCUGCUAUGACAUCUACGGUGAAGUACUUACCUGCAUCUUCGGUUGCUGUGCACCCGAUUUGAACAUCUCUUGCUGCUUGAGUGAUAAAUUUGAUAUUCUGCUGGGUGCAAUCGUUUUGGUGACCAUUCUGUACCUGAUCAUACAAUGUUGUAUACGGAUUCACAGAUGCGCCAAGGCCGGAUCUCAUCCAGGCCUGUACAGUACAGUGGCAACGAACGACAGCGUAACAGUUUAGAGCGCCAACCCCGGUCCUCAUCUGCUGUACCAGGCCGCCAAAGAAAACAGCUUGUAUUGAUGACGACAAAGAGCUUGAGGCUACAUGUGGAAUCUUGCAUUGAUGACGACAAAGAGCUUGAGGCUACAUGUGGAAUCUGGAGGAGCAAUUUACUUCAGGAAAUAUAUAACUAUACUCUUUAAAAAAAGAAACGCAAAGCCAGAUUUGUGUGAGGGAGGAAGAUACAUUUAUACGAGGAACCGUACAA